GUUCUGUUUGAUGGCGCCCUCUAAUUACAGGGAACUGCAAUGUUUAACUGUCAAAAAUUGUUUUUGUUGAGGUUAUGUAAUUUUUAAAUAGUAUAAUUUUUAAACGUUUUGGACUUGACUGUUUUUUAUAAGACUGAUUUUGGAGUUUGCUUCUAGAAGGCAAAAUGAACACGUGGAGUGUGGCCGAAAAGAGGAAACUCUUGCUAGCUUUGCGAGAAUGCGGCACAAAUAACAUCGCCGCAGUUCAAAAAUUUCUCCCCAAUAAAAGCAUAACUGAGAUCAGACUCGCGUUUGAACACUAUGCAAAAUUAGCAAAGCAACGAAUAAGUGACGAGGAAACACCCAAAGAUGAGGAUUCCGCGAUAAAUCAGUGGAUUAAAAUCAUAAAAAAGAGUCAAGAAAACAGCACUGGCGUUUCCGAUAUUGUAACAAGGGUUUUGAAAUAUAUCGCUUUGUUUGAAAAGCGGCCAAAUGACAAAGAUGUGAAUUUGAGGGAUUGUUAUAUGGCACUUUCGGAAAUGUCAAACAGUGUAGUCAUCACAAAUUUAAAUCCGACGACCAGUUAUUUUUUUUAUGAAAAUUUGGCCCGAUUGGCGCUUAAAAUAAAAAAUAGUAAUGUUGACAAUAAAAGGGCGUUUGUUAAAAAAAUGAAAAAUUUGGGACAUGGUCACAAACCUGAAAGUCUUAAGACUUACAGCAGAAAGAAGAAAAAGGUGAAUGUGAUUUUGAAUCCGUUAUAUAUUCCAGAUAAUCUUUUAAAAACUGGCGAUGAUAGCAAUUAGGAAAUAAAAACUGAUUCCCGAACUGAUCGUUUGAUUUUAUUGUUCUUAAAAUUGUUCCAUUGUAACUUUCCCAUCACCUUUAAAAAUAAAAGAUCUUGAGACAGA